ACUGUCAGUCAAGUGUUAGUGAAUUCAUUCAACAAUAUAGGGAUAGUGCGGUAUGCCUAUAUAAAUUACAGUAUUUUAACUUAAAAGCACCCUUAAGUUUCAAUAAAUUACUCAAUUGCUACUGACUUCAAAGAAAAAUUAAACUGUUUUUCAAAGGUAAUUGACAUGCAAGCUGUAGAAAAAGUGCUGCAGGACCAGGUAUUGAGGGUCGCACAAACUGUUGAACAACAGUUGGAUGCAGAACUUCAAAAGCUUGAUGAACUUGACUCUGAUGGGAUUGAGAAAUUGAGACAAGAUAGAUUGGAGCAGUUGAAAAAAGAGGCCAAACAAAAGCAACACUGGUUGUCAAUUGGUCAUGGAGAAUAUGAAGAACUCACAGAAGAGAAAGAGUUUUUUGCUGUAACCAAGAAGUCUCCUGAUACCAUAGUACACUUUUUCAAGCAUAGCACUCCUCGUUGCAAAAUUGUUGACUUCCAUUUCAACAUUUUGUGUAAAAAACAUUUAGAGACAAGAUUUUGCAGGUUGGAUGUUGAGCGAGCUCCAUUCCUGACAGAGAGAUUGAAAAUCAAAAUGAUUCCUACCAUAGUUGUGCUGAAAGACAGUGACUUCAAGGACACCAUCGUUGGUUUUACCGAUCUCGGAAACUGCGACGACUUCUCAACCGAAAUCCUAGAAUGGCGGCUGGCUCAGUCAGGGGCUAUCAACUACUCUGGUGACCUACUUCACCCACCUGAUAAGAAGAAGCGAUCAGACAAACAGGUGUUUGUUCACAAGAAGCACACAAUCCGUGGCAAAGAAGAUGAUGACUCAGAUGAUGACUUUGAAUAACAGAUAUUUGAUAUUGUUUCAUGUUUGCUUUUAACAAAUUUUUUUUAGUUUACUAACUUAUCUUUUGUACUAAUAAAAUUGUCUUUAACUAAA